GGAAGUGCCCCUACGGAAGCGGGCAGGGCCGUGGGCGCUUCACUAUGGCGACGGUGGCGGCUCCGCGGCGCUUCUGCCGCUGCGCCUGCUUCUACACGGGUAACUUGUACGUGGCGCGCUAUGGGCUGCACGUGCGCUUCCGAGGCGAACAGCAGCUGCGCCGGGACUACGGCCCGAUCCUGCGCAGCCGAGGCUGUGUUAGCACCAAGGACUUCCAGCAGCUGUUAGCAGAGCUGGAGCAGGAGGUGGAGCGGCGGCAGCGGCUGGGGCCGGAGUCAGCGGCUAGGAAAGCCCUCAUCGCGAGUUCCUACCACCCGGCACGGCCUGAGGUCUAUGACUCACUGCAGGAUGCAGCUCUGGCCCCCGAGUUUCUGGCCGCGGCUGAGUACAGUGUGUCCCCGGGCGCAGACAUCAAGGGCCUUCUCCAGCGGCUGGAGACAGUAUCAGAGGAGAAGCGCAUCUACCGGGUGCCUGUGUUCACAGCACCCUUCUGCCAGGCCCUGCUGGAAGAGCUGGAGCACUUCGAGCAGUCGGACAUGCCUAAGGGGAGGCCCAACACCAUGAACAACUACGGGGUGCUGCUGCACGAGCUCGGAUUAGACGAGCCGCUGAUGACACCACUGCGGGAGCGCUUCCUGCAGCCACUGAUGGCCCUGCUGUACCCCGACUGUGGCGGGGGCCGACUCGACAGCCACCGGGCCUUUGUGGUCAAAUACGCACUGGGCCAGGACCUCGAGCUGGGCUGCCACUAUGAUAAUGCCGAGCUCACCCUCAAUGUGGCCUUGGGCAAGGUCUUCACAGGGGGCGCCCUGUAUUUUGGGGGCCUCUUCCAGGCACCCGCAGCCCUGACGGAGCCCCUGGAGGUGGAGCACGUGGUGGGCCAGGGUGUUCUCCACCGUGGUGGCCAGCUACAUGGGGCCCGGCCCUUGGGCACUGGUGAGCGUUGGAACCUCGUCGUCUGGCUCCGAGCCUCUGCUGUGCGCAACCGCCUCUGUCCCAUGUGCCACUGUGAGCCUGACCUGGUGGAUGAUGAGGGCUUCAGUGAUGGCUUCACCCGAGAGGAGCCAACCACGGUGGAUGUGUGUGCGCUCACCUGAGGCUGCUUGGGCCCAGUGUGGGGGUGGCAGGGCAGGUGAGGGCUCUGUCGCCUUGGGCUGGGGGCAGAAAUAAACUCCCCGCAGCCUACCGCAUUUCUUGGCUCGAGGCUGUGCCAGCUUCUGGGUCAUCCUCUGGGCAAACAGGCUGCCUUAGUUCGGGUUUGUCGGAAGCAGAGUCUGGAAUGAGGCUUCGGCAAGGGAGUGAGGGAAGCAGGGGAGGGGAGGGAGCAGGUGGGCAAGGAGGUGGCUUCAGAGGAAGUCCAGCCUCAGCAGGGCCUGCAAAGAGCUCCAGGCAGAGCCCACAGUACCACGGUGUGCCCACACCAUCGGUUGACUCCCAGAUGAGGAGGCCAGAGACGGGUGAGUAACUUCCCAUGCACUUGUCUCCAGGGCAGGGUACCUUCCAGUAGCCAAGGGAAGCUUCCAGAGACAGCACAGAUGUGAACCCUCAGCAGCAGGCAUCACCCCCAGUGACUCGGUGGGCCACCAGUAGCAUCUUCUAGAUGGCAGAGGGUGAAUGGCAGGGCCAGGAGCCAGGCUGCCUGGGUUCCCAUUCUGCUGCUGCCACUUCCAGCUGUGUGGCUUUGGAUGAGCCUUCGCCUUUUGGUGCCUUGGUUUCCGCAUUUAGCACCUACUUCCUAGAGCUGUUUUGAGAGUCAGAUAUGUUGAUGUAUCUAUAUAAAGUGCUUUGCAAGA